AUGCUGCAUUCUGAUUGGUUAGCAGAGCCAGAGCAACGCGGAAACUCCAGCCUCCCUCAUGAUUAUUACUACUGUCUACAACAACUUUAUAAAGCUGCGAUUGCGACUAGAAAUAUACUUAAUGUGUACAUAUCUGCACCUUUACCCACAGACAUGGCCUCAGCAGCAGCGACCCUCGACCCGGGCUCCAUGGCGCUGGCAGAUGCCCUGGUCCCAGCCAGCAUCUUCGCCCCUGACCGGGGAGGAUGUUCGGACGACAUGGGGGAAGAGUGCUUCGAAGAUGAGGACGUGUUAAACGGAGAGUGCCUGGAUCGGAUAGACUUCACCAGCAAGCUGGCCCUGGUGAGCCCCAAUGGAGAGCAGUACGACUCUCUGCUGCGGCAGUUACGGGACCGCAUGGAGGAGGGCAGCGGCGAGACCAUCUACGUGGUUGGAAUGGGCUCCGACGGAGGGGACUGGGGGCUGGAUGAGUCGGACAUGGAGGCCUCUGUGGCCACGGUGCGGUCCCUGUGCGAGCAGAUCGAUGCAGACCUCAUCCCCCUCCGCCAGCGCUCAGAGGCGGCCGGCACUGUGCGAGACUUCCUGAUCCGGAGACGUGUGGGGGAACUGGACUUCCUGGAGGUCAGAGUUGCGGUGGUGGGGAACGUGGACGCAGGAAAGAGCACUCUGCUGGGGGUCCUGACCCACGGGGAGCUGGACAACGGCAGAGGCUUCGCUCGACAGAAACUCUUCAGACACAAGCACGAGAUGGAGAGCGGGCGCACCAGCAGCGUGGGCAACGACAUCCUGGGCUUCGACCAAGAAGGACAGGUGGUGAACAAACCCGACAGUCACGGAGGCAGCCUGGACUGGACCAAGAUCUGUGAGAAGUCCUCCAAAGUCAUCACCUUCAUCGAUCUGGCCGGUCACGAGAAGUACCUGAAGACCACGGUGUUCGGGAUGACCGGACACCUGCCGGACUUCUGCAUGCUCAUGGUGGGCAGCAACGCCGGCAUCGUGGGCAUGACCAAAGAGCACCUGGGCCUCGCUCUGGCUCUGAACGUUCCCGUGUUUGUGGUGGUGACCAAGAUCGACAUGUGCCCCUCCAAUAUCCUGCAAGAGACACUGAAGCUGCUCCAGAGGCUACUGAAGUCGCCCGGCUGCAGGAAGAUCCCCGUGCUCGUCCAAAACACCGACGACGUCAUCGUGACCGCCUCCAAUUUCAGCUCAGAGAGGAUGUGUCCCAUCUUCCAGAUCUCCAAUGUGAGCGGUGAGAACAUGGACCUGCUCAAGAUGUUUCUGAACCUGCUGUCGUCCAGAACGUCGUACCGAGACGACCAACCGGCCGAGUUCCAGAUCGACGACACAUACUCAGUGCCGGGCGUGGGCACGGUGGUGUCUGGAACUACUUUACGUGGAUUGAUACGUCUGAACGACACCAUGCUCCUGGGCCCGGAUCCUUUGGGCAGCUUCCUCCCCAUCGCCGUCAAAUCCAUCCACAGGAAGAGGAUGCCCGUCAAGGAGGUGCGCGGGGGACAGACCGCUUCCUUUGCGCUCAAAAAGAUCAAGCGCUCGUCGAUCCGGAAGGGAAUGGUGAUGGUGUCUCCAAAGCUCAACCCUCAGGCCACGUGGGAGUUCGAGGCAGAGAUCCUGGUGCUGCACCACCCCACCACCAUCUCCCCACGCUACCAGGCCAUGGUGCAUUGUGGGAGCAUCCGGCAGACGGCCACCAUCCUGUCCAUGAGCAGAGACUGUCUGAGGACCGGGGACAAGGCCACAGUCCACUUCCGCUUCAUCAAGACUCCAGAGUAUCUGCACUGUGAGCAGAGGCUGGUGUUCAGAGAGGGCCGCACCAAGGCAGUGGGCACCAUCACCAAGCUCUUGCAGUCCACCAACAACUUGCCGUCGAAUUCCAAACCUCCUCAAAUCAAAAUGCAGUCGACAAAGAAGGGCCAUAUACGGAAAGAAGAGUCCCAGGGCACAGGGGCCGCCGAGGAGCCCACGAUAGCACAGGUCCCGGGCCCCAGCACAAUACCACCGCCAAAGUCUGGAGGAGGCAGUAGGAGACGAGGAGGACAGAGGCACAAAGGGAAAGGCCAGAGCAGCUCCAACCCCCCCACAGCCGCCCAGUCCAGCACAGCCACCGGGGCCUGUUAG